AUGGAGAACUGUAGAAGGUGGAGGCGUGUGUCUCUCUCUCUCCCCCACUUUGUCAUUACCAGAAGGGAUUGUGAGAGCGACCCUGAUGUUGAUGCUGAUACUGAUGCUAAUGCUACGGAAGUGAUAGUUGCACUGUGUAAUUACCAUGUAAACCAAUACCUUUCUGUCUCUACCACCAUGCCUCUUAUUCUUCAUCCAUCACAGAUUGUGAAAAGGGGAAUCAUUGAGGCUUAUGAAGUAGAUCGUGAAAUCCAUAUUGUUUUUCAGGUCUAA